AGAUCAGAUAUACUCAUCCCUCCGUGUUUGCGAAUUUCAUUAUUCAUGGAUUUGGUUAAUAUGUUCUCUCUAGGAAUGCCUAGGUGCAGCUCUAUGGUACAAGUCCAUGGUCAACUUUACUUAUACUGCAAAUCCCAGAAUGCAACAGGAGGCAGCCAGAGAGCGGUUUAAAGUGGAAUAGCAGUGCUGUAAGAGUGUAGUGCGGCAGUCUGUCUCCAUCUCUCACAGAAACACGGUCCCUAAAAUCCCCCCCCCCAAUGAGCCAGGGCCAUUAAAGCGGUCUCAAAUUGCACUACUUCUGCAGUGUGUUUUGUGCCUCCGUUGCCACGGAACUACAUUACCCGGCAGGCAGCGCGGGAAAGGCCUCAGACGCGCAUGCGCGCGAGAGAGAAAAAAAUGAGGAAAUAUCGCGAGAGCAGCCUAUGCUCUGUCCGCAGCUUGAAUAUCUGAGCGGGAGAGAAGGCGACUUUUCGUCGUCGGGAGACUCCUUUAGCCUUUGCCUGGGAGGAAAAGGGAGCCAUGAGCGCGCGAAGGGCCGCGAGGAAGAAGCCCGGGACCCCGCGGCGGUUCUCUUUGCGGUUGGAGAACAAAAAGAACCUGCCAUUCGGUUACCAAAGACCCACCACCUCCAUGGCUAUGGAGAGCGCAACACCUCGGACUCUACUCAGGAAGGUCCUGCAGACGCAGCCAAUAGUUUCCCCUCUUGUUUCUGAAGAACGCACUUCCCCCAAACCAGCAGAGCCAGUCCGCCGAUGGUCUUUGAGACAUAUUCCCUGCAGCAACUUAGAAAUCAGUUUGCCUGACUCUGCUCCAAAAGAGAAGUGCCAUAUUUCACGAGUCAGACCUGUGUCGAAAAAGAUUCGUCUGUCUGAGUUUGAGAGAGGUGUGAAUAACCAACUGGUCUCAAGUACUGCUCAGCCAUCAUUGGAAAACAUAUCCCUGACAAAGUCUCUUGAGGUAUCUUUUAGAACCCCAGCACCAUUGCAGUCUGCUGGAAGAAAGGGUUUGAUUCGUCGGCCAAAGAAUUACAAAGGCAUUAAUGUGAAGGACUUCGAAGGAGGCAUUGAACAAAACUUGCUGCAUACAAAAGAAUCACAAAGCUACUGUGUGGACUCUCAGAUUGAAACUCUGUUAAGUGAUGCAGAGAUGCACACUGCUGCCACAGAGCUCUUUGCCCAGCCUCAGCUCCGUAGGCAGAAUGAAGAGGAGGUUUCUGUUGCUCAUUCUCACCGUGCCUCAAUACAGCAGUCUUUAACUGGAGAGAGCAUUCUGGCUUCUAAUCAGACACCCAAGCAGUUUGCAAAGUCUAAUGGAGAGGCUGAAGGGAUGGAGAGUGCUCAGAAAGAAUCUUGGACACUAGAGACUGAGUCCAUGGAUGAGGCAGGUAUUAUGCUGAAGGAAAAGAUUGAUAGUCCAGCAGAAGAGGAGCAAGAAAGCCUCCAGGAUAUUGCAGGAGGAUUGCUAUACAGCAGCCAAAAGAAGAGACUGACACAAGGUUAUGAUGAAGUUGGCAGGGUGGAGGCUGUUCUCCCAGAAAGUCCUGUUACUCCUGAGAACGUGCAAGAGAAUUUGACUGGAAACACUUUUAUGAAACAAUUGUUAAGUACCCCAAAGCAUCUGAACACUGGGAUGGGCUCUGUAAGAUCAUCUACACCUGUUCAAGCCAAAGUCCAAGAAGCACAGCCAGGUCAUUUAUCCAUUUUGCCCCAUGAGAAGCCUGCCAGAUAUUCAGUUAAAGAAAUUGUGACACAAUUAAUUGAGGAGCUGGAUAAGAGUGUGAUUCCAACUGUGACUGGUGAGAGUAUAUCAGAAGCUGACAAGGAGGAGGAGCUUUUCCCCAAUGAAGAGGCUAUUCAGAUCUCCCAAAGAAUCAGCACUGAAACUCCAACAGUAAGCAAAAGGAACACUAAGAAGUUGGAAAGGCCACCCACAAAGGAAAUAGUAGAUCAAAUAACUCAACAAUCCGGUAAAGGAGGUGAACCCCAAGAAAUGUUGGACAUGGAAACAGAACACAACGUAAUAUCAGAAGCUGAAAUGGAUUGUGAGGAGAUGUCAGAUGCUGAAACAGACGUUGAAAAAACUGAUCCAACUGUGAAGACACCAGCAUUUGUGCGUGCUAGAGCCUUUCAGUGUACAUCGUUGUUGGCAACGCCACAUACUUUGAAAGUGUCUGUCUCCAGGUCUCCUAUCAAACAGCAUUCUGUUAAACAGGCUUCAAAACGACCUGAGAGAGUGCCCAGAACAAAACACUCCCCAGCGCUCCCCAGCAGCUUUAUAAAAACAUUAUUUAGUCAUUAUGUGAGGAUGCCAGUUGCCAAGGAUGCUUUCAAGGCUGUUGAGAGGUGUGUGAACCUGUACUUUAAGCAUCUGAGUGAUGACUUGGAAGUCUAUACAAAUCACGCUAGACGAAAGAUUGCAGAGCCAGCUGAUGUGGAGCUUCUCAUGAGGCGGCAAGGACUGAUAACAGACAAGACACCUUUAAAUGUGCUGAUAGAGCGUCAUUUGCCUCUGGAGUAUAGAAAGCUGUUGAUUCCUGUUGCCACUAGUGGAAACAAAGUAAUCCCUCCCAAACUACGAUGAGGUUGCUGGCGAAAUGUUCUUAUACAGAAAACAGUCUGUUCUCCAUUUUAGGGGGAAGAACAUGAGCCCAGAAAUAGUGAACACACACUAGUUCUGUCUGCAGGCUCUUGGCACUUAUGAGAGAAAAUAUAGGGAAGGGGGGAUGUUAGAUGUCCCUCCCUCAGUUUGUCAUACAGAAACUGCUUUGUCCCUAUACCU